AUGACUGUUCAGUUUCAGGGUCUCGCCGGCAGCCCCGGCCGGCGGGCGCGGAGCCGGCAGCGGGGCCAGAACGGCAGGCUCCUCUGGGGGCCCCGGAGUUGGGAGGCGGCGUCCGGGAGCCCCCCGAAGAGGAUGGGCUGCGGACACAGCAGGCUGAGCUGCUGCAAACCCCCCAAAAAGAGGUGCCAAGGACCAGAUCAGCCUCCCAAACCAGAGCUGCAGGAACUGGGUCCCCUCAAUGGUGACACAGCCACAGCUGCCCAUCUCUGUGCAUCUGAGGAGGCCGAGCAGCACCAGAAGUCUGUCACCAGAAUUCUCCAGCAGCACGAAGAGGACAAGAAGAAAUGGGCACAGAAGGUGGAGAAGGAGAGGGAGCUAGAGCUUGGAGAGAAACUGAAUGAACAGCGAAGAGUCCUGGAGGCAGAACAUGCGGAGGCCCUGAGAGUCCUCCAGGCCUCCCAUGAGCAGGAUAAAGAAGCCCUUACCCACUCCUUCCAGGAGGCCAAGGCGGCCCUGCAGGAGACCACUGACAGACUGACCGCACAGCUGGAGGCCUUCCAGGCGAAGAUGAAGAGGGUAGAGGAGUCCAUCCUGAGCCAAGACUACAAGAAGCACAUCCAGGAGUACGGGAGCCCCAGCCAGUUCUGGGAGCAGGAGCUGGAGAGCUUACACUUUGUCAUCGAGAUGAAGAACGAGCGAAUCCACGAGCUAGACAAGCGGCUGAUCCUCAUGGAGACAGUGAAAGAAAAAAACCUGCUGUUGGAGGAGAAGAUCACCACCCUGCAGCAGGAGAACGAGGACCUCCACGCCCGAGGCCGCAACCAGGUGGCUGUGUCCAGGCAGCUCUCUGAGGACCUGCUUCUCGCCCGAGAGGCCCUGGAGAAGGAGUCGCAGUUACGCCGGCAGCUCCAGCAGGAGAAGGAGGAGCUGCUGUACCGGGUCCUCGGGGCCGACGCCUCCCCCGCCUUCCCGCUGGCCUCUCUCACCCCCACUGAGGUCUCCUUCCUCGCCACAUAGGGCCUGGACCGCCGGGAUGCUGUGGUCACAGCUCUCUCUCGAGGACUUGGCAGAGAAAACAGCAGGGGCCUCUUGUCCCUAGGAGGGGACCAGGGUGGGAGUGAGAUGGGGAGCCAGGAUGUGUGCCCGGUCAGCCCUGGGGGCUUGGGCCACGUAGACUCACCCAU